CAGCCGCUGUUAACUCCAGAGAGAGUUACAAACAUGAGCUCUGGCGUCAGACUGCUGUUCUCACGCACUCCCCAGCAUUAUAUCCAUGGGCAGGUAAUAACUUCUCUGAGCUGCAGUUUCGUCAUCUGCCGAACUGGGGAACAGUCGCACAUGGAGUUUUCCUGAGGAUUAAAUGAGAUACUCUAUACAAGUGCUUUGCAUACGAUCUGACCAGCGAGCUCCCUAACUUCAACUGACACUGUAACGUAUGGAACUCAAGAACAGCUAGAUGCAGCCAUGGGAUUAAGCUCUGGCCAAUAACACGAAAAGCUUGCUGGCUCCCGAAUCCAAAUACUUCAUUUCACAAGUGAGAACAUAUGCACAACUGCCACGGCCCUAGAAGGACUGACAACUGGAAUAAUAACUAGAUGGUAACAUGAAGCCUGAACUCUGCAAACUUCACAGAGCUCCAGAUGACUGGAGGUAAAAAGAAAAGACUGAGAGAUGCCUGCUGGGAUGUAAAGCUCCAUUCUGUCCCAUCCCUCCCCUCCUUCAUGGCCCGAGACCGCGGAUACCUCCGAGAGGGCAGCGGCAGCACGUGGAGCCUGAGUCCAAGACCCCGGGCCACACCAAACUCCGCAGCAGCAGAACUUGCUGCGAGGACCGAAAGGCGGCAGCCAUGUUGUCAAGGGCUGCGCCAACUGAGGGAACUGGGGGGGGACGACGGAGCGUCGACUCGACUCCACCCCCUCGUCUACCGGCAACCCCCGCGCCGGCAUUCCCUUUGGUAUGCUCCAAGAUGGCGUCCUCCAUAGUGCGGCGCGGGAUCCUGCGGGCGCGGAAAGUGUCGCUGCCUCAACUCUCCCUGGCAGGUAGAAGAUGCCUGCUUUCUGCAGCGUAUGUGGACAGCCAUAAAUGGGAAGCAAGAGAUAAAGAAGAUUGUCACCUCGCGGAUCUAGCAUCUUUAAUGGAUAAAACAUAUGAGAGAAAGUUGCCUGUUAGUUCUUUAACAAUAUCACGGUUUGUGGACAACAUUGCAUCUCGAGAAGAUAUAGACCACGCGGAGUAUUAUCUUUACAAAUUUCGACACAGCCCCAACUGCUGGUACUUGAGAGAUUGGACUAUCCACACGUGGAUUAGGCAGUGUCUAAAAUAUGGUGCACAGGACAAAGCCUUAUACACCCUUAAAAAUAAGGUCCAAUAUGGCAUUUUCCCAGAUAACUAUACAUUUAACUUACUGAUGGAUUAUUUCAUAAAGAAAGAAAAUUACAAAGAUGCUUUAUCCGUGGUUUUUGAGAUCAUGAUGCAAGAAGCUUUUGAAGUCCCUUCCACCCAGCUCCUCUCCCUCUAUGUUUUGUACCACUGCCUUGCAGAGAAGACAGACUUGAGUUGGGAAGAGGAGAGGAACUUUGGUGCAUCCCUGUUACUCCCAGGUCUAAAGCAAAAGAACUCAGUGGGGCUGAGUUCCCAGCUGUAUGGCUAUGCACUUCUUGGGAAGGUAGAAUUGCAGCAAGGGCUGAGGGCUGUGUACUGCAACAUGCCGCUGCUCUGGCAACCAGGCUACCUCCACAGAGCCCUUCAAGUGAUGGAGAAGGUGGCCUCCUCCCCAGAAGAUGGACAGCUGUGUGGAGAAGCGCUCGAUGUGCUGGACAGAGUGCUGAAGGCUGUGACUGCUCCGGCCCAGGGGACUUCAGAGGAACAGCCCCAGGAAGGUGAGGAAAGCCAGAGGUCAGAAGAACUGGUAGAGCAGUUGGAUGUGGAGGAAACUGAACAGUCCAAGCUUCCUCAGUACCUGGAACGAUUUGAGGCUUUACGUUCUAAGCUGCAGGCUCUGGGCAAAGUGGAGUCAGAAAGCCUGCUGACCCUGAGCACCCAGCUCGCCAAGGCCCAGCUCCCCACCUGUGAAGCGGAAGACAUCGCCGUCUAUGAGCAGAGGCUGCAGCAGUGGCACGGGGAGCGCGUACGUUUGAUCCAGAGAGAACAAGAGCAGAGGGAGAGGGCGAGGCAGGAUUACGAGGCUCGGAGAGCAGCCAAGGCAUCUGCCUAACCAGGCCGCUCGGGGACCCCAGGACCCUCACCAGACCUGCUGCAGGAUUCAUAGUCACUCAGCUGCCUCCUUUUCUUGAAGCGGAGCACCUGUGGUGUACAGGCCAUGCUGUCCCACCUGUCCAGCCACUGUGACCACCCACCCAGAUGCCAAGAAGGCUGUGGACCCAUCGGAAGUGGCCAGUAGUCAGUCUGAAGCUACCAGCUAAAUACCCUAAGUAAGGGCUCUCAAGGCUUCUGGUGGAGUUCCUGGGGGACAGGAAUCAAUUUUGAACUUGGAAAGUCCCUAAUCCUUAGCAAUGAUGAUGCCGUGGUUGAAGAAUCAGGUCUUAAGCACAAGCUUUGGAAUGGUUUCUGUCCCCAGCCCAGACCCGCUGCACAUCCUGAGAUCUCGUCCCCUCAGUCUCCUCUUCUGCACAAGCUCUCGGCCCAAGCGGGUUGGGGGUGCCCACACACCCUCUUGCCCCUCUUCCUGCGUCUUCCCCUUCCUGAACUGACCUGUGGGAAGUUCGGUGCAGGAGCAAACAUAAGGCCUGCUGGCUUUUGAAUUUCAGGGGGGCCCCAGUGGCAUUUUGAGAAUGCAGGGGCUUCUGAGGAGAGACUUUGGCCUGGCUUUCCCAUCAUGUUGGGAUAACUUUUAUACCAAGCGUUGUCUCAGCUUCUCAUCAGUCAGGUCAAGGAGCCUUCCGUGUAUCCACAUGUACACACAUACAACUUGUCAACACAAGUUCCAGUUAGAAGUUGGAGAAAAUGAGGGAUGGGGUGGGGCUUGCAGUGCAGAGGAGAGAUGCAUGAUUGUGAAACCGUCUGGAGGCGCAGAACUCCCCUCUGACGUUUCCCUGUAAUGUUGCCCUUAGGUGUAGUGGUGUAUUUCUACACAGCGUUGAGCUCUUUUAUCAAGAACCUGUGGAAAUAAAUGUUCUGGGAUCAUC